UCAAAGUCAUGACGUCACGCAGCCCUCCCCCUCCCUCCCCUCCGUCUCCAAAAUUUCCCUAAAGAAGGAGAACCUCUCCAGAGAGGAGAGAGGGAGGACCGAGGCAGGACAGAAAGCCAACUAUUGCUUCUCCCUCUUCUUUUUUGUAGUUUUCUUCUCUCUCUCUCUCUCUCUCUCUCUCGCUCUCUCUCUCUCUCUCUCUCUCUCUCUCUCUCUCUCUUUCUGUGGUAUUUUUUGUGUCAUUGUUUAAUUUGCAGUGAUGCUGGACACGCUCACCUUCCUCCUGGAGAAACUCUUCCUCCUCGCGCACAUCAAGCUGUCCAGCCUGCUGCCUCCGCUUGGCGGCAGAGCCCGCGCAGAGCAGCCGCUCGCCAGGCGCCCCGAGCGGGACGAGUGUCCACCGCAGCCCGGCCCUCCGCAGAAGUUCCAGCGGGGGGAUCUGCUGGAAGUCCCGCGCACUCUCUUCACCCACUUCGGUAUCUACCUGGGCGACAACCGGGUGGCGCACCUCAUCCCGGACAUCCUGCCGGCGCUGACCGCGGACAGUUGGCACAUCCAGGAGAUGGUGACGAACACGCGGCUGGUGCUCGGGGUGCUCUGCAAGCGAGCGACCGUCCGCGUGGACUCCGUGGAGGACUUCGCGUACGGAGCCGGGAUCCUGCUCAACGCCAUGGACCGCGCGGUGCUACGGAGCGCGCUGCCUGGGGAGGAGGUGGCACGGCGGGCAGAGAGGCUGGUCGGCGCCGUGUCCUACAGCCUGCUGUGGAACAACUGCGAGCACUUCGUCACCUACUGCCGCUACGGGGCCGCGCAGAGCCUGCAGACCGACCAGUUCUGUGAGUGGCUGAAGUCGCUGAUCCGGGACCGGCGAACCUUUGUCCUGUCCGCGCUGCUGGGACUCCUGUCCAUGUCGUGUUUGGGAAUCUCGUCCAGCACGGUCAUGCCCGCCCUCCUCGUCCCCUUCACCCUGUGGAUGGUCAGCUAGAAGCUCCGGGACGCAGGACCGUCACCGCUGGUUCAAAAACGGGCUUGAGCCGCCAUGUCGGAAGACUCACAGACAGGAUGUCGUCAUCUGCAAACAACUUGACUGGCGUACUACAUUUUUAAUGCUAAUAACCAGACCCAAACAGCAUUAGUUUUAGGCUACAUUUACAUUGCUACGUUUGGGGUUUUAAGCGGAGUUUUGAGCCAAAAUAUCUCAUCAACAUUCUGGUAUACUGGGCAUUAGUCUCGCAUUGCCAGGUCUGGCUAGUCCACAGAGCAUUCCUGGAUAGGGAGAAAAACAUGCUCUGGUUGAUUGGCAUUUCUUUAAAACCAAUCAUAAUUGUCUCGGGCGGCGCUAUGCGCCGGACGGAGCCACGGUGCCUCUGCCAAACAGCCUCUGGAAGGAACUUGUUUUGGUGGAACAUGUGUACGUUCAAGGGUUGUUUUAGGCUUGCAACAGAAAACUCAGAUUGGACAGAUAGUCUAGACGUUGUGACCGAUUAGACCCAAUCAGGAGGAGAAACAUUGGCGUCAGUAUUAGUGUUGCCAAAUGUCUCCAUUUGCGGCCAUUGAGACGGCAACACAGCCCCGCAGAUUCCAAACCAAAACGGGUCAGAAGAGUUUCCAAAUGUCUCCGGUUUAGGGGCUCGGAAACACCAGAGCAGGGGGAAUGAGAGGGGAAAA